AUGGUUGCUUCUCAACACCUUUCUGCUAAUGGUCCUCCUUUCUCGGAUCCUACUCUCUACCGCUCUCUUGUUGGUUCCCUUCAGUACUUGACCAUCACACGUCCAGAUAUUGCCCAUGCUGUCAAUUCUGUCAGCCAAUUUCUGCAUGCCCCUACUGCAGAUCACUUCCUUGCUGUUAAGUGUAUUCUUCGCUAUGUCAAGGGAACACUUCACUUUGGUCUUACCUUUCGUCCGUCUGCCAUUCCUAGUACUCUAGUAGCAUACUCGGAUGCCGACUGGGCAGGAUGUCCAGAUACUCGUCGUUCCACCUCAGGCUACUCUAUUUAUCUUGGCAACAAUCUGGUUUCUUGGAGUGCCAAGAAGCAACCGACUGUUUCACGCUCCAGCUGUGAAUCUGAGUAUCGUGCACUUGCAAUGACUGCAGCCAAACUUCUUUGGCUUACACAUCUUUUUCAUGACCUCAAGGUUCCACUUCCGCAAGCAUGUUGA